AUGCAAUUCACUCUCAAAUCCCUUGCUAUCCUCGCCGCCACUGUUGGUAUGGCCAGAGCCAUCUGUCCUAGCUAUAACUUCGGUAUUGCAGACCUUGGAGGACCUCCGGGCUCUUGGCGGGUUUAUGACGAUUCUUGCAAUAUGGUCCUGACUGUCAUUACCGAUAACCCAUGCACGGAGGGCUCCUUCAGCUGUAGCCCUCCCCCCGUCACAUUCACCAGGCUGCAUCUUAACGGGCAGAAUUAUGUCUGCCGUGGCGACCCCAAUUCGGGUUCCUGCAGUGGACAUGGUAUCCAAGUCUGCUGCCGCAACGAUGGGAACUAAAACCAGCUCUCUGAUAUGUAUGUACCGUAUAUAGCAAUUCGACGAGAAGCCUACACAGUAGUCGAAUACAAACACUUUGUUAAUGUAAAUUACGAUCACAGCUAGGGAAGAAGCUUGAGUUGCUUCCGUGGGCCACUAAAUGACUAUAUGCAUUCCGU